AUGGUAAAAUGUGUCGAUUUUUCAUCAUCUGUAUUUGAUGAUAAAGAGCAUGUAUUCUCCAUCACUGACAAGAUUGUCAACUCGCCAAAGAUCACAGCAUGCAUCAUGAACUGUCCCAAUGACUUUGUGAUUGAUACUGGUGCUUCUGUUAAUAUCAUAGGUCAUUCUACAUACGAUGCACUCGCCAACAAACGCAGGAUUCAAUCUCCAGUGCUAAACUUAUAUGCAUUUGGCUCUACAAAUCCUCCUCCUGUACAAGGUUUCUUUGAUUCGGAAAUAAGCUAUGAGUCUAACAAAACUCUGGCAAAGUUCUGCGUAUUAGAAUCAAACACCUCCAGCAACCUUCUGAGUGGUGAAACAGCCCAGAGGAUGCAGCUGAUCCAUUUCUCCCUUCAAACUGGUCCAAAAACCAUCCCUGAUGAGUUUCCCGCCUUAUUUGAUGGAACUAUGGGUCGGAUCAAGGACAUCAAAAUCAAGUUACAUAUUGACACAUCUGUACCACAAGUAUCACAGAGACAUAGACACAUUCCGUUUCACAUCCGCAAAGAUGUUGAGAAGGAACUCAAUUGA